AUGCGACCCAGAGCGCGGACGUCACAGAGCGCCGGCGAGGAAGUGCAGCAACAGUUACGAUAUGGUGCAGAAAUCCUCUUGCUGUGUGCCGAGCAGCUCUCGAAGUUCCGGGGCGGCGGAACAGCCAGAGGAUGUAGAAAUAAAGACAUACACAGUGUACAGAAAGCUGCGGUCAGGUCUGGAACACAUGUUCGCCCCGGGCACUCUGCACGUGUGAAUGAUCUCCAGCUCAGCCGCUCAGUAAUUCUGCCGAAACUUGAAAGGCGCUCAGGAAGCGGGCCUCGCCCUGCGGACUGCUCUGGAGCCGGGGUUCGCCAGGCGGCGCCUGGCCGGGCCGGACCGAGACCGCGGACCCAGCGGGACCAGGGGAGAAGCGCACCGUCCGUCGGGGCCCUGCUGUGCUGUGGGCAGCUAAGGUUUCCCGCGCUGCCAGACCCUUGUGGGACCUGGACGGUCGGUUCCGAGGGAGGAGCGGGCCGGCUGCGUUCGCGGAGCCCUCCCGGCGCGCAGGGAGACUCCCCACUCCGGCUCGCGGGCCCAGGCGGCUGUCCCGGCGGAGCAGGAGUGGGGCGGAGGCCCGGGGGUCUGCCGAUCGCAGCGGGUCGGAGCCGGUCCUGCAGUCCACCCGACUGCGCCGUACGGGCCCGGUGGGCUAAGCGGGCUCUUCCGGAAGGGGGCGCCAGCGAGCGCGCGCCGAGGCAGCCGCGGGCCCCGCGUGGACCCGAGCGUGGCCUGCGGCCCCGGGGCAGCAGCCUGCGGCGGGGGCAGCUCGCCCUGAACUCCGGACGCCUGGAGUCUCUCGUGGCCAGGACACCCUUCCUCCGUCCCGCUGCUGCCCGGCAGCUGGGUCUGGGUGGAGCCGGAGCGCCUGCAUGCCCUGGGGCCCUCUCCCGGGCGCUGCCGAGGUGCCGCUCCGAGUGUCAGGACGCCCCGGACUCCACGCGCGCCAGCUGGUGUCCUCGGCUGGAGGUGUGCGCUGAUCACUGGGCUGUUAAUUGCAUCCCCUGUUGGAGCCCUCUGUUUACAGCAAGCUGGGGUGAUUUUGCUCUCCUAGGCAACAUCCGUCUUGCGGGGGCGGAAGUUAGAAAGGCUACUUUACGUCCUCCGACGCACCGGACAGCGCUCACAGGAACGCGCUGCUUGCCCCAAAAUACCAACAGUGCGAGGCCAGAUCGCGAUCUAGAUGUGGUGCUGCUCACCUCUUUGAUCUUUGGGUUGUUCUGUCACGUUAAUGAACAAAUAUCAGGAAAAUGUUUAAGUAACUGCCACAGUCAAAGGAAGCUUAACGCAGAGAGUGUUCAGCAGCUGUUUUCCGUUUCUUUGGGAAGGAAGCAAGAACGCAGCUUUGUCCUAAGCAGUGGAGCCAAAGCCCUGGGGCUGGGCUGCAGCCGGCAGCAGAGCCUCUGCCUACGUGCGAGCCCCGCUGCCGCACCCCAGCCGCUGAGCAUUCAGUUCAAUUGCAGUGUGGCGUUUUGUGAUAAAUUAGUGGGCUUGGGGUUGCAGUUUGGGCCCUCGGUCUCUAAUAUGGUCACCGUUACUGUCCGAGGCCAUACAGGCUUGGGUAACACCAAAAUCUUUCUCAGCACUGAGACACGGUAUCCAACCCACACAACCGACAACAUGUUCAGUUUCAGCCCACAACCAGCUCCCACCAAGGCACAGACGUCACGGUGGAAGGGCAUGCAGAGCGAAGCUGCUCAGUUCAGGGUGGCUGGGGAAAACACUUGCGGAGGUCUACCAAGGGCGCCCGCGUCAGUGCGAGCGCGAUGCACGGGCUCCCAAGGGAACUGGCUGCUUGUUACCUGCCGGAGAGCUGGUAGCAGACUGGCUGUGAGGAGGGAGAGAGCACACCCUGGGUUUUCAGCGAAGAGAUUUAGCUUCCUGUGGUAUAUAUUACAUACCUCAAUUGUGCCUAAGGAGUCACAUGCAAGAACUUUCUCCAAAAUCACUGCAUCAUUAAUAAACAAAAGCUAUUCAGAGAGAAUUAUCAGAUAUUCAGUGCAGAAAGUGUGUGACCUGGUGUCAGGAAUGGAGGAUCACAAGUAUUUCAUUCCUUGGUGCAAAAAGUCAGAUGUAAUAUCAAAGAGAUUCGGGUAUUGUAAAACCUGGUUAGAAAACUUUCCACCUGUCCUGGAGCAAUACACAUCAGCAGUAAACUCUACGAAAUCGCAUUUGGUAAAGGUAUCCUGCAUUGAUGGGAGACUUUUCAAACAUUUGGAGACAUUUUGGCGUUAUAGCCUGGACCUUCCUGGUCACCCAAGAACUUGCAUCUUGGAUUUCCACUCACUUUUGUGCUCCCCGCUCGAUGAGCUGGUGGAGCAGGUGGUGGCUGCUUUUGACAGGAGAGCGAGCAAACUCUGUGGCCCAGAGACCAACCCCGCAGAGCUGAUGCUGUGCCAGGCGCACCACACAUAG